UAUUUAUGUUGUUUUGACACUUUUGACACUGACAUUCGAAGGAAUUGCGGCUUGAUAAAAUUAAAAUUUAAGUUUUCACUACUGUUUCUCUAUGUUACAUGGUAGCUGUUUAUCAUAAUUAAUUAGUUAAAACAUACGAUAUUCUGAUCCUCUUCAUUAUUCACAUACAUGGUGUAACCACGGUAAAAAGCAACAGGAGUUCAACAACGCUGUACCGAAAACAGCAACAAUGGAAGCGCCAUCCUCUGAUGAUAGUUGCGAUUCCGAAAUGAAGAAUAUGAAAAGUCAGCUAACCGAGUUUGGAUUGGAGGAUGAAAACCUAAGCAAAGAAGAAAUGAGUGAUUUAUUGAAAGCUUUGAAUAAUUCCAAGUCAACUGCUAUGGAGGAUGAAAUCUCUCGACAAAAGGAUGAAAUAAUGGAAUGUGAUGCUACACCUAGGAAGCAAUUGAAGAGAAGGUAUUUAAACGUAAAGGACAGAAGAAUGCCUUGGAGUGUGCUACCCAGCAAUAUCACACAGGCCGAGAAGGCCCAAGCUCUGGCGGUUUACAUUAAAAUGAUGUCCAUAAACAACUACCGCCAAGCUAGAUUGUCUGCUAAUUUCACUGUCUGGCCUCCUCCAAUUCAAAUAGUGGAGGAAACCACCAGGGUUCAGCCUGUACGGUCAACCAGGAGUGGACGCUCUGUGCCUAUCUAUGCAGGCUUUGAUGAUGACUCUUCCGAUUUAGAUUUUGUUAUUACUAAGACUAAGAAGAGAAAGAUCUCAAACAGUGACACAAAUGAAAAAGAUGGAGUGUAUUCUAAUAGAGUGAUUAGUUUAAAGCGUAAACCUUCUAAAGAUGAGAAUGUAAGGCCGGUGAAAGAGCAAAAACUGAAUGCUAUCCAAGAGUGCAAUAAUGAGACUGUUUCAGGAAAUAGUUUAAAGCCUAAAAAGGACCUGUUUACUUUAAUCGAAGACUGAACUUGCAGCUCUGGUCCCUUCAGUAUAGUUAUAACUAGAUGCAACUAAUUUAAUUUACUCUAUUGUUGUAAGUGUGGUGCAUAAAGAUGUACAAUACUGAUAUGUUAUUAUUUUUAUUGGCUUAAAUAUAAAGAACUUAGUUUGCAAAAAUAAAUGUUUAAAAUUUGCUGAAAGGUUUAUUAUUCAUAUUGCAGUUGCACAUAUCUAAGAAGAAAUAAGAAACAAAUAGUUUGAGACUUCUGCAGACAGAGUAAUGUGAUUAUGUCAGUCAUUAGGAAGAUAUAAGAAUUCUAUUAGUAAGUAAACACUAUUUUGAUUUCUUUAAAGUGUAGGUAUUGCUGUUGCGUGAAGUGAAGACUGUCACACUAUAUUUUUGAUUAGCUGAUUCAUGGUUUUCAUUUCAGUAAGUAGAAAAAAAUGAAGGAUUUUAUUAAUAAAUAUGUAUAUUUAUAAAACAUUAAUAACUAAAAUAAAGUAGAAAUAAAUUAAGUUCAGUUUUAUCGAUCUGACAAUUGAUUACAAUUAUUUACAAUAUAAGUGCGAAAAGUGAAAAAAUCGUAACGUUUGGCGGUACAUUAAAAUACUACCGAAGAAUGAAAUGGACACGAAACGCUUAUUACCUAUUUCGCACGUGUAUUGUUUGGUAGGUACAAAAUAUUGCCCUUAGCUUAGAAUUAACGACAUAGGUAAGUAAAGUAGCGCUCGUAUGUAGGUAGCUAGGUACUCUAGUGCAAGGUGCGCGAAAGUAGCGCCAUAUGUAUUUACUGUAUAUUACGAUACAAGUGCGAAAUGUCGAAAAUUUGUAACCAGUGCACAGUGGCGAUAAAUUAUAACAGCUAAACUGUGGAAUGAAUUGUCGCCUGCUGGUAUUUCCGGACCGAUACGACCUUCAAAUCUUCAA